CGCAUGCGUAACACGGCUUGACAGAGCGCGGAGGAAAAAUUCGCGAGGUGGUUGGAGAAGAUGGCGGUGCUGGGGUAGAGUUUGCAAUCUUUCUGAAUAGGCUAGUCGAGUAACUAUUUGGGCCAUGGCGUCAAACUCAACUAAGUCGUUCCUGGCAGAUGCCGGCUAUGGCGAACAGGAGCUGGAUGCUAACUCUGCCCUUAUGGAAUUAGACAAAGGUCUAAGAUCUGGCAAACUUGGUGAACAGUGUGAAGCAGUGGUUCGCUUUCCCAGGCUCUUUCAGAAGUAUCCAUUCCCUAUUCUCAUCAAUUCUGCAUUCCUAAAGUUAGCUGAUGUUUUCAGAGUUGGAAACAAUUUCCUGAGGCUGUGUGUUCUUAAAGUUACUCAACAAAGUGAGAAGCAUUUGGAGAAGAUUCUAAAUGUGGAUGAAUUUGUGAAGAGAAUUUUCUCUGUGAUUCAUAGUAAUGAUCCUGUAGCAAGAGCCAUCACCCUCCGCAUGUUGGGAAGUCUGGCAUCAAUAAUUCCUGAGAGGAAGAACGCUCAUCAUAGCAUUCGCCAGAGUCUGGAUUCACAUGAUAACGUGGAAGUUGAAGCCGCUGUUUUUGCUGCUGCGAACUUCUCUGCACAGUCCAAGGAUUUUGCUGUAGGAAUCUGUAACAAAAUCAGUGAAAUGAUUCAAGGCUUAGCCACACCAGUAGACCUGAAGCUGAAGUUGAUCCCCAUCCUACAGCACAUGCACCACGAUGCAAUCCUGGCCUCCAGUGCUCGGCAGCUUUUACAACAGCUAGUCACGUCCUACCCUUCCACCAAAAUGGUAAUCGUGUCUUUGCACACGUUUACUCUGCUCGCAGCUUCAUCCUUGGUUGAUACGCCAAAGCAGAUUCAGCUUCUAUUGCAGUAUUUGAAGAAUGACCCCAGGAAAGCAGUAAAGAGACUUGCUAUUCAAGAUCUGAAAUUACUUGCCAAUAAAACCCCACAUACUUGGAGCAGAGAAAACAUUCAGGCACUCUGCGAGUGUGCCCUCCACAUUCCUUAUGACAGCUUAACACGCGGCAUGUUGUCUGUCCUUUCCACGCUGUCAGGGACCAUCGCCGUCAGACAUUACUUCAGCGUAGCUUCAGGAAAUGUGGGUUCUUCUCCCAGAUCCUCUGAUUUAGUCAAAUUAGCCCAAGAGUGCUGUUACCAUAAUAACAGGGGCAUUGCAGCUCAUGGAGUGAGAGUCCUAACUAAUAUAACUGUCUCUUGUCAAGAAAAAGAUCUUUUGGCACUGGAACAAGAUGCUGUCUUUGGCCUUGAGUCCCUUCUGGUACUUUGUAGUCAAGAUGACAGUCCUGGUGCUCAAGCCACUUUAAAGAUUGCCUUGAAUUGCAUGGUGAAGUUGGCCAAGGGCAGGCCCCAUCUCAGCCAGUCAGUGGUUGAGACCUUGUUGACUCAGCUGCACAGUGCUCAGGAUGCCGCCCGGAUCCUGAUGUGCCAUUGCUUGGCCGCCAUUGCCAUGCAGCUGCCAGUGCUGGGUGACGGAAUGCUUGGUGACCUCAUGGAGCUCUACAAGGUGAUUGGACGGUCAGCCACAGACAAGCAACAGGAGCUUCUGGUGAGUUUGGCCACUGUGAUUUUUGUAGCCAGUCAGAAAGCGCUAUCUGCCGAAGUAAAGGCAGUGAUCAAGCAGCAGCUCGAGAGCGUCUCCAAUGGGUGGACUGUAUACCGUGUUGCCAGACAGGCGUCCAGAAUGGGUAAUCAUGACAUGGCCAGAGAACUUUAUCAGAGCCUGCUGACUCAGGUUGCCUCAGAACAUUUCUACUUCUGGCUGAAUAGUUUGAAGGAGUUCUCACAUGCAGAACAGUGUCUCACUGGGUUGCAAGAGGAGAAUUAUAGUUCAGCACUUUCUUGCAUUGCUGAGUCUUUAAAAUUCUACCACAAAGGAAUUGCUUCUUUAACAGCUGCCAGUACACCACUGAAUCCUUUAAGUUUUCAGUGUGAAUUUGUAAAACUCAGGAUUGACCUUCUACAAGCCUUUUCUCAACUUAUCUGUACUUGUAAUAGUCUGAAGACAAGCCCCCCACCUGCCAUUGCCACAACAAUUGCCAUGACCUUAGGGAAUGACCUUCAGAGGUGUGGUCGCAUCUCCAAUCAGAUGAAACAGUCCAUGGAAGAAUUCCGAAGCCUUGCUUCCCGAUACGGUGAUCUUUAUCAGGCAUCUUUUGAUGCUGAUUCGGCAACUUUAAGGAACGUAGAACUACAGCAGCAGAGCUGUUUACUGGUAUCUCAUGCAAUAGAAGCCCUGAUUUUGGAUCCAGAGUCAGCAAGCUUUCAGGAGUAUGGAUCUACUGGGGCGGUGCAUGCUGACAGUGAAUAUGAGAGAAGAAUGAUGUCUGUAUACAACCACGUGUUGGAGGAGGUGGAAUCACUCAAUCGGAAAUAUACCCCUGUUUCUUAUAUGCAUACAGCAUGCCUCUGCAAUGCCAUCAUUUCUUUGCUGAAAGUUCCUCUUUCAUUUCAGAGAUAUUUUUUCCAGAAACUACAGUCUACAAGUAUCAAGCUUGCUCUGUCACCAUCCCCCCGGAACCCUGCAGAGCCCAUCGCUGUCCAGAAUAACCAGCAGCUGGCGCUGAAGGUAGAGGGAGUGGUUCAGCAUGGAUCUAAACCAGGACUCUUUCGCAAAAUUCAGUCUGUCUGUUUGAAUGUUUCUUCCACACUACAGAGUAAAUCCGGACAAGACUACAAGAUACCACUCGACAAUAUGACCAAUGAGAUGGAGCAGAGAGUCGAACCUCAUAAUGAUUACUUCAGCACCCAAUUCCUGUUGAACUUUGCCAUUCUUGGAACGCACAACAUUACAGUGGAAUCGUCAGUGAAAGAUGCCAAUGGUAUCGUCUGGAAGACUGGUCCCAGAACUACCAUAUUUGUUAAAUCCCUGGAAGACCCUUAUUCCCAGCAAAUGCGCCUACAGCAGCAGCAGGCCCAGCAGCCUUUACAGCAGCAACGAAACGCCUACUCACGGUUUUAGCCACAUGAUGAGUGUGCGACGACUUCGCAGGUUGAUCACAUGGGCAAAAAUAAUUUGCUUUUGCGUAUGGAUUGAGACAUGAAAGUUAUCAUGUGGAGUCCAUUUAUUCAUUGGUCUGUAUAAUGUAAUAUUCUGGGGGGAAAAAUUUUUUUUCAAGUUGAGUUUGAGAAAUGAUUGGGUUCCUAGCCAGAAAGAUUCUUCUUCGUUUCUUCUUAGGCCAAGUCUUUUAUCUCAUAUUUACCAUUUUCAUUGUCUUAUUGGUUUUUCUGCUGUGGAGCCUUUCCUUUUUCUUUCAAGAAGUCAUGGUGGGGAACACUGAAUUAGUAAAUAUGACUUGCUUCUCUCCCAGAAUACAUCACCUGCUGCCCGGCACAGACCUCUGAUUCUGAGUAGGUGUUGGGAGGUUCUGACCAGUAGGUGCGGAGUUUACCUGUGGUUGUAGAAGCUAAGUCCUCCCAUAGAUGGACUUGAGAGUGUCCCCUGAAAUAGCCAGUCUUCUGGAUUAUGAGAGUAUGAAGUCUAGCAGAAUUAAAAUAUUCUGCUCUGUUUUUUUAAUACUGCUCUAGUAUUUCAAGAGAUACUUACCUCUCUCUUCUGUGCUAAAGCAGUCUUACUGUUUUAGUAUUUAAUUGACCCAAAAGCAGCUAACAAUUACAAAGACUGGAGAUGUGUAAUUUGUUUUUUCUAAUAUGUGUGUGAUUAUGUGUAGUAUACCUUGUAUAUUGUUUCUAAAAGUGAAAAAAAAUCACAUUUAAUACCUUAUUAGUGUUUUAAGUUAAAGGGCAAAGCUUUUCCUCUGCUUGGUUUCUUCUUGGCAAGUUACGUUCAUGCUAGAUUUGAUUGCCUUGAAAAAACUUUCUCUUUAUCACACAACCUCAGUUAGUUGGGAUUCUCAGGGAAUAGAAGUUUUCUGGUUAGGCAGAAACCCCUUUUUUCUAUUUCAAUACUGGUUGAAAACAGUUAUAAAAUUUAAUAGUAAUAUACAUUCUUGUCUUAACACAGUAUACUAGGUAUAACAUAAGUGUUCUUUCUUGACUUGGGAUCAUUCAGUGCUUUGGGAUCAUGAUUUCUAAACAUCAGGGAUCAUAUGGUUGCCAAUACUGAUGACAUGGGGUUAGAAGCUGCUCCUGUACGAUACAACAGGGCACAUUCCUGGGAAGUUGCCUUUUUAAAUAAAUCUCUCAGUUUUUUUGUUUGUGUGUUGCCUUUUUCUCUUUAAAGUUGACAUUGGCUCAAAGAAGGGAUAGAGUGUAAGGGAAAAAAUGAGUUGUUUCUUUCUGAUCAUGUGGCCUCUAAAGGUGAGAAAUCAUUGGCAACUCACAUCCCUCUAAGAUCACUUGACUCCAUGAGCUUUUGUCCCAGCACAACACAGUCUACUGCCAACCGCCAGAACACUGUCAUAAAACUUGUAUAAAUAUACAAGGUCCGCUGUGGAUGACAUCGCUUUAAAUGCAGCCCAGUUGUCCCCAGUGCAUGAUGUGCACCAUGGUGCAACAUCUGGGAGCAUGAGCCUCAGGAAGAAUUGCCAGGUGGUGUGGCAGGACCCCUUGUCCUUUUACCAGGUGUGGAAAGGGUGGAAUCAAGAGAGUCUGGGUUCCACCUUUGGCUCUGAUGAUGAGUUUGUUCUGUGAGCUGGGGCAAGUCACUUCAUCUCUGUAAAUUUCUGUUUCCUUGUCUGUAAUAAGACUGAGUUUUGUUAUCAGGUGACAAAGAAUAAAAGACCAAAAAAAAAAGUUUCUUAAAUUGGGAGAAAAAAAGUUUUUUUUAAUUUAGUGGCUAUUUUCAGAAUAAAAUUUUACAUCAGGUUUCUGGAACUAUUUCAAGGCAGAAUUCUCCAGAAAAACAAACACGGUAAGCCGCCAAUUCACCAGUUCCCUUUGAGACCUUCCCAAAUUUCAUGUUCUUAAAAGAAAGACUUAGUUAUAUUAGUAGCUAUAGCUAUAAACUGUGUGCUGUAGAGCCUAAAAACAAAUCCAGUAGUUGUAUGAAUUCUGUGAGGCAAAAAAGGCUGUUUUACCUCAGUUUGUCCAUUAGAUCCAAGAUUGGAACUCUGCUGUAUAUUUAGUGUAAUAUCUGCUGAGUUUUUGACCUGGACUGUUAAACAAUUAUUUGAGGUGGGAGGAAACUUUAUAAUUUCAUCACUACACUAAUGAAUGAAAAAAAAUACUCAAGGGAAGAUACAGAAAAGAUAGACAUACUGAUUAUGAAGUGAGCAUGUUCCCUGAAUUUAGACAUGAGUAAUAAAGGGCACUGGCUGAUUGAUCUUAGGAAGAUGGCAAAUUUUUCUCAAUGUGUAGUGACUUACUUUGUGGUAACCUCGUGGCUAAAAGCACAGCCUCAAGCCACACUGUCCAGGUCCAAUUCCUCACUCUAACUUUGUGACCUAGGACAAGCUGCUUAAUCGCUCUGGGCCUCAGUUUCCUUAUUCCUAAAACCAGGAAGCAUAAUAGUGCUUCAUGAGGUAGUUGUGAGGAUUAAGUGACAGAUAGUCUUCAAUUAGGAUGGUUCGACCUAACAAUUUUUUGACUUUCCGAUGGUGUGAAAGCGAUACCCACUCUAGAUACCAUACUUCAAAUUUUGAAUUUGAAUCAUUUCCCAGGCUAGCCAUAUGUGAUCCAUGUCUCUCUUAUGAUGCCGGGCAGGGCAGUGAGCCACAGCUCCCUAUCAGCCAUGUGGUCACGAGGAUAAACAGUACACAUAUAGGGGAGAGCCUAGUAAACAUAAUAUUCGUCAUGUAAGUGUAGAUCAGUGAUACCAAAAAAAAAAGGGGGGGCAGUUCCUGUGUGGUAACCUCCAGUGAGUUCUACACAAGAGUAUAAAGGGCAUAUAAAAGUGUAGGCAAAGGGUCUGUUUGUGUUUCUACAGAGGAUCAAAGCCUAAUUUGGCUACCCCGAAAAUGAACUAAAGAUACGAUAAGAAAAAGAACUUCCAACAUCUGCACUCUCUGGAAGACUCAUGCCAGAAGAUGAUCAUCAAAAAA